AUCACAUUGAAAACUGAAAUGUGGCUUUAUUUAUUUUUGGCUUCCAACUCUACAAGGCAUGUAUGAACCAAAUAUUGGCACACGUGUCCGCAACCUCUAUUUCGAGAGUUUUAUUAUUUGUUUGCAUGAACUCCUCCAAAUCCACUCUCAAGUCUCCAAAUCCCCCAAACCCUUCUUUCAGACCCAGGAAAAUAAUAGAAGAAAUAAAAAUGAGAUGGGAAAAGGUCCCGCUUUAUCAACAAGAAGUUGGAGGUAUCGGAGAAGCAUGUUCAGGGCCAGGCAAAAGAUGGGGACACACAUGUAACUCUAUUAAAGGAGGCAGAUUUCUCUAUGUUUUUGGUGGUUAUGGCAAGGAUUACUGCCAAACCAAUCAAGUUCAUGUCUUUGACACUGCUAAGCAAACAUGGAGCCAACCUGUAACGAAGGGCACACCGCCUUCUGCAAGAGACAGCCAUAGUUGUACCACUAUUGGUGACAAUCUAUUUGUUUUUGGUGGUACUGAUGGUGUGAAACCUCUCAAGGAUCUACAUAUAUUAGAAACCUGCACAAACACAUGGAUUUGUCCAAGUGUAAGAGGUGAAGGGCCAGAGGAACGUGAGGGUCACGGUGCAGCUGUUGUUGGCAAACGACUCUUCAUAUUUGGUGGCUGUGGGAAAUCUUCAGAUAACAAUGAUGAAGUAUAUUACAACAAUCUUUAUAUUUUAAAUACAGAGACCUUUGUCUGGAAACUUGCGGCAAUAUCAGGAAACCCCCCAUCUGCCCGCGAUAGCCAUACUUGCUCAUCUUGGAAGAAUAAAAUUAUUGUAAUUGGCGGCGAAGAUGCGCAUGAUUACUAUUUGUCUGAUGUCCAUAUCUUUGAUGCAGAUACUCUUGCAUGGAAAGAGUUGAAUACCUUAGGCCAGAUAUUGCCACCUCGUGCUGGUCACUCCACUGUUGGUUUCGGCAAGAACUUAUUUGUUUUUGGGGGAUUUUCUUAUGCUCAAAAUCUUUAUGAUGAUCUCUACAUGCUUGAUGUUGAAACUGGCUUGUGGACCAAGGAGAUUACUAUGGGUGAUGGCCCUUCAGCUAGAUUUUCUGUUUCUGGGGAUUGUUUGGAUCCCCUAAAGGGCGGUGUUCUUAUAUUCAUUGGUGGCUGCAAUAAGACUCUCGAGGCACUGGAUGACAUGUAUUACUUGUACACAGGACUUGUUGUAAAGGAUGAAAGGAAGUUAGAGAAAUUAUCCUUGAGAAAGCAGUUGAAGUUAAAGUGCCAACAAGAAAAUCUUAGUAAUCUUGUACGUGAUAAAGCUUUUGUUAGUAUUGAAGCUGACAAUGAUGUGCACCACCAACCCAUAUCUUUGUUUAGCUGUGGCCAAGCAAGAAGAGAUAGUUUUCCAUCAAACGAAGUUCUACUUCAGGGGAAGAAGAUAUUUCACGCUAAUGUUACAGAGAGCUUCCCACAUGGAUAUACCAUCGAGACUAUUAUAGAUGGGACGCAUCUUCGAGGAAUACUGUUUUCAAACAAACCCAACUCUAUCGGUGUAGCCAAUUAUAAUCUCUGUAGAAAAAGGACUUCCAUGGAAAGUGGGGAUUCUGUAUUUGGUGAUUGCAAUAGCAAUAGUAAAUCAAAAUCUUCAAGAAGCAUGAUGCAGGAUUAUGGAGAUUGUAAGCAAGGUGAUGUUCAUGAGAAGGAUUGUUCAUUGCAUGAGGCGGAAGCUCCUGCUCCGAGUUCAAGGAAUCCUGCAUCUUAUGAUCUAUCAAUCCGCAAGGACCUUGCAAAGCAAGAAUCAUCCGUAGCUCAUCUCAACUUAACUGAUGAUAAGGCCAACGAUGCACCAAACUCUGGCAGUGAAGUUCUGAAAGGCAUUGGAUCUGUGAGGACAGAUUUCUCCGUUGCCUUAUCUCCAAGAAGAUGAGUAGAGAGCAGACACCUUGGAGUGCAACAAACCCAAAAUAUCAUUACAAACAGUGAAUUAAUCUUUAGACACCCCCCUCUGGAAGCCAUAUAUGCAUUUAUUGCCUCAACUUGGCCACAGAUGUGCAUAUGGCUCAAUCUAUUUAGGUUGCAUACUAACUGGUGAUCAGUGCCCCAUUAAUUCCCUUCUGUUAUGCUUUGUAACAAGGAAUACCCCCGUUUUAUACGAAUUCUUACAUGCAUGAAACUAGUUUUGUUUAGAAGUGUUAAUAGGAGGAUGAUCUACUGGCUUAAAACUGAGCUUGUUUUUGCAACGAGGAAAAGUAAGGUUGCAGAGGAAGACUGCAUUACACCACCUGCGGAUUGUUUUUGGAUUUAGUUAUGUAGAAAUCUUGCUGUUCUGUUUGCAAUGUACGGAGCAGAGAAUGGCGGUACUAUUUUGAUGUAUGCAUUGCAAAGCCUUGGGGAAAAUUUUGACCAAAAUUGUUGGACUGUUUAAAAUACAUUUUUGAGAAUUUUCAACAGCACAUCAUGAAGAAUAUCAAGUUAAGGAUGGAUAUUUUGAAGUC